GUCGUUCUUUCUGUACAGACUUCUAGCUCAUGCCUUGAUCAGUACCGUUUGCACCUCGAUAUGGGUGAUCACAAGGUUGAUGAGAAGGCGCUCGAAGGCCUUGGCGCGACUGCCAACGCGCCCCUGCAACCCCAGGAUCCAACAAUCGACUCCAAGCACAAUGCUGAUAUCGAAAAGGGCUCAGGCUCUGACAGCGAGGAUGCCACGGAUGUUCCGACGACGAAGGACGAGGAGAAGGAGUCUUCUGGAGGUCUGAAGGACUACUGGCGCGUCUUUUCUUAUGCAGACAAACAGGAUGUUGCUUUCUAUCUCGUUUCCCUGGGCUGUGCCAUCGCUUCUGGCGCUGCUCUACCAUUGAUGACCCUCAUUUUCGGUCAAUUCACGACAGACUUCAACAACUUCACGACUGGUGUCAAUACGCCUCAGCAGUUCCGUGACAAGGUCGACAGCUUCGUCCUUUGGUUUAUCUAUCUCUUCGUGGCUCGGUUAGUUCUCGCAUACAUCACGACUGUUCUCAUCAGCAUAGCCGCAACUCGGACAACGCGAAAUCUGCGUCAGGCAUUUCUCGAGAAGACUCUUCGCUUGGAGAUCUGGCAUUUUGACAAAGCCGGUGGUGGAUCUGCUGCCACCCAGGUCACUACAAAUGGCAAUCGCAUUAAUCAAGGAAUCGCAGAGAAACUUGCCUCGCUCAUUCAGGGUUUCUCGCUAUUCUUUUCGUCCUGGAUCAUCGCACUCUCAGUCCAAUGGAAGCUUGCCUUGAUCUGCAUGAGCAUCAUACCUGCCCUGUUGAUCAUCAUUGGAACCUGUGUUUCUAUUGAUGCGAGGCAAGAAGGAGAGAUUACCAAGAUCUACUCACAAGGUGCUGUCUUAGCACAAGAUGCUAUUUCUUCGAUCCGGACCAUCUACGCAUUUGGUGCACAGGAGAAGAUUGUGAAGAAGUGGGAUGAAUAUCUGCAACGCGCACACGACAUCGGUUUCUGGAAAAGUCCCAACUAUGGCGUGCUGUUCUCCACUGAGAACUUCCUCGUCUUCAGCGCCACAGCACUUGCUUUUUGGCAAGGCUACAGAAUGUUCAGCUGGAACGAGAUUGAAGAUGUCGGCACCGUUUUCACAGUUGUGCUCAGUGUGGCUAUUGGCACGACCUCACUCUCCAUGAUUGCGCCGCAACAGCAAGCCAUCGCGAACGCCGCUAGUGCUGCUCAUGAGCUUUUUGAGACCAUCGACAAGAAGUCGCUUCUCGACCCGCUUGCCACGACUGGAAAGCAGCCAGCAGACUGCAAUGGUGAGAUCGAGGUGAAAGGCUUGACCUUUACCUACCCAGCUCGGCCAACUGCUCAGGUUCUGCAUGGGCUCAACCUGUCGAUUCCAGCAGGCAAGACGACAGCACUUGUCGGUCCCUCCGGAUGCGGCAAGUCUACACUCAUUGGCCUUUUGGAGCGAUGGUAUGAGAAGACCGGUGGUUCCAUCUUGCUCGAUGGCACCGAGCUCUCUGAGUACAACACCAAGUGGUUGCGAAGUAACAUUCGCCUGGUGCAGCAAGAGCCGGUACUCUUCCGCGGAACUGUCUACGAGAAUGUCGUCAAGGGUCUGGUCGGAGAACAAUUGAGCCUGCCGGACGAGAAGAAGAGAGCACUAGUCGAAGAUGCGUGCCGACAGGCGAAUGCUCACGACUUCAUUACAGAGCUGCCCGAAGGCUACGACACACAGGUCGGCGAGAGAGCCUCCAUGUUGAGCGGUGGCCAGAGACAGCGCGUCGCUAUUGCACGAAGUAUCAUUUCCGAUCCCAAGAUUCUCCUCUUGGACGAAGCUACUAGCGCCCUCGACCCUACAGCGGAACGAGUUGUGCAAGCUGCAUUGAACAAAGUCUCCAUCAACAAGACGACCUUGAUAAUUGCACACAAACUCGCAACAGUCAAGCAGGCAGAUAAUAUUGCCGUCAUGCAAUAUGGUCGACUGGUCGAGCAAGGAACUCACAAAGAGCUCAUCGAAGCAGGUGGUCAAUAUGCCGCAAUGGUUCGAGCCCAAGACUUGGGUGCCAAAGAGGAGGGCGAAGCCGAAAUUAUGGACGAAGACGACGAAAAUCGGGCUGAGCGACAAAUGUCGUUGCAGCGCACCAAGACUGCAGGUGCCUCCACCAGUGCGGAACGUAAGCUCAAGACUCUUACAUCAGGCACCUUGAAUUACUCUCUGAUCAAGUGCAUCUGGAUCAUGUUCGCUGAGAACCCAAAACUAUAUUGGUGCUACGCCAUCUCACUCUUUGGAGCAUUCAUCGGCGGAGGCGUGUAUCCAGCACAAGCUAUUCUUUUCUCGAAGCUGAUCAAUGUUUUCACUCUCACGGGCUCCGAAGGACAAUCGGAAGCAAACUUCUACUCUCUGAUGUUCUUCGUUCUGGCCUUGGCGAGUGUUGUGGCAUACUUUGGCAUCGGCUGGUGCUGCAAUGUCAUUGGACAGGAAGUCACCCAUCGUUACCGCAAGGAGAUGCUCGAGAGGUACAUCAGCUUCGAUCAGGACUUUUUCGACAGGCCGGAGAACUCCAGUGGCGCUUUGACUAGCAAGCUCUCUUCGGUUCCGACAGCAUUGAUGGAGCUCAUCAGUGCCAACGUCAUGCUCAUGUGCAUCGUGCUAGUCAAUGUUAUCGCGUCGAGCAUCCUCGGUAUCGCGUACGGCUGGAAGCUCGGUCUCGUCGUUGUCUUCGGUGGAUUGCCUAUUCUCAUCGGCUCAGGCUGGAUCAGAAUUCGAAUGGACCAGAAACUGGAAGCUCAAGCAAACGAUCGCUUCGCAGACAGCGCAGGACUUGCAACAGAGGCGGUGACCUCCAUUCGAACCAUCUCCUCUCUGACCUUGGAACAGAACGUCAUGGCCGAGUACACUGACGCUAUGUCCGACAUUGUUAUGAAAGCCACAAAGGGCUUCAUCGUGACAAUGGUCCCGUACGCACUCUCCCAAUCGCUUGAGUUCCUUAUUCUGGCCCUCGGUUUCUGGUAUGGUUCCCGUCUGGUCGCUAGCUACGAAUACACUACCGAGCAGUUCUUUGUAGUGUUCAUUGCCGUGGUGUUCGGUGGGCAGGCUGCAGGUCAAUUCUUCGGCUACAGUACAUCUAUCACGAAGGCUAGAGGUGCCGCGAACUACAUUCUCUGGCUACGCACCAUCACACCCUCUAUCGGCGAGACCCCAGAAAACAAAGACGUUGGACCUUCUGGCGAGGGAGCCAUCGCCAUGGAGGAUGUUGACUUUAGAUACAUCCAACGACAUGCCUCGCGAGUGCUUCGCGGAAUCAGUCUUACCAUUCACCCAGGACAGUAUGUCGCCUUUGUCGGCCCAUCUGGUUGCGGUAAAUCGACGCUAAUUGCUCUGAUCGAGCGAUUCUAUGAUCCUUACACAGGACGGAUCACAUUGAAUGGAGACGACAUCUCAAAGAUGUCACCCAAAGCUUACAGAAAGUACAUGUCUUUAGUGCAGCAAGAGCCUCCACUCUACCAAGGCUCUGUUCGGGAGAACAUCUCGCUUGGACUGGACUACGAACCUUCAGAUGAGGAAGUAAACGAAGCUCUACGACAAUCGAACGGGCUGGAGUUUGUGUCGAGUCUUCCAGAAGGACUCAACACCCCUUGUGGCAGCAAAGGCCUUCAAUUCUCUGGCGGCCAACGUCAACGCAUAGCAGUGGCUCGCGCCUUGAUCCGUAAACCACGUCUCCUUCUCCUCGACGAAGCUACAUCCGCCCUUGAUACACAGAGUGAGCGCGUCGUUCAAAAAGCUCUCGACGAAGCGGCAUCGAGUCGCACGACAAUAGCCGUGGCUCAUAGACUGAGCACGAUCCGGCACGCGAACGUGAUCUUCGUGGUGGCGAAUGGUAGGAUAGCUGAGAUGGGUACGCACGAGGAACUACAGGCCUUGAAAGGAAGAUACUAUGCCAUGUGCCUGGCACAGUCGCUGGAUCAAGCAUAAAAGUCGCAGUUUUUGCAUUUACGGCAGUUUCUACAAAUGGCAGCGGAGAGAAAAGACUCGGCUCAAUUUAUGAUGAUAAUGUACGAUCAAGGAUGUACGAG